AUUAGGUUACGUUUCAAAUUCAGCUUUCUCCUUCUCUUCCGUUCAUUUUACAACGUCUCCAAUCCAAGGUCUCACUCCGACAGCAGGCGGCGCUGCUCUCACGACCGACCGAACGAACGAACGACCACCGACUCCUUUUGAUUUAAGUUGCUCUUUCAACUCGGAUAACUAUCACCAUGAAUUUUCCUGCUGAUGAUGAUGAGAACGGCGAAAUCUUUCUGGACGAUAGUGAUGUCCUUCACGAAUUCACCGUUGACGAUGAAGAUCUUCCUGAUGUAGAUGAGGAAGGAUUAGGGUCUGAUGGUGAAGCUUCUGAUGAAGAAGAUGACUCCAUGCACAUAUUUACAGGACAUACUGGUGAACUUUAUACAGUUGCGUGCAGUCCAACAGACGCCGCACUAGUGGCAACUGGUGGUGGGGAUGAUAAAGGAUUUUUUUGGAAGAUUGGUCAAGGAGACUGGGCGUCUGAGCUAUCAGGUCACAAAGAUUCUAUAUCUGAUUUAGCAUUUAGCCACGAUGGUAAGUUGCUUGCAUCUGGCAGCUUUGAUGGACUUGUUCAAAUCUGGGAUGUAAAUGCUUCCAGUCUCAAUCGUGUUCUUGAAGGCCCUGGAGGCGUUGAGUGGAUCAAAUGGCAUCCAAGAGGACAUUUGAUUUUGGCUGGUUCAGGAGAUGCAACUGUUUGGAUUUGGAAUGCUGAUAAUGCUGCAUGUCUUAAUGUACUUUCAGGCCAUAGUGAUACAGUGACCUGUGGUGAUUUCACCCCAGAUGGUAAAACCAUAUGUACUGGUUCUGAUGACAAUACACUGAGAAUAUGGAACCCAAAAACCGGUGAAAAUGUUCAUGUCGUUCAAGGUUACCCGUACCAUACUCAAGGAUUGACAUGCUUAGCAAUAAGCUCUGAUUCUUCCCUUGCUAUUACUGGUUCAAAAGACAGCGCUGCCCACAUAGUAAAUAUAACAACUGGAAAGGUUGUUAGUUCCCUAAAAGAGCAUACAGAUUCAAUUGAAUGCAUUGGACUAGCUCCGAGUGUACCAUGGGCAGCAACUGGAGGUUUGGAUAAGAAGCUAAUCAUAUGGGAUCUUCAACACUCUUCUUCCCGUUGCGUAUGUGAGCACGAGGAUGGUGUAACGUGCUUGAAAUGGAUAGGAGUGUCGAAAUACGUGGCCACAGGAACAGUAGACGGGAAAGUGCAGUUGUGGGAUAGUCUAUCUGGAAUUUGUGUAAGAACCUUCCGAGGGCAUAAUGAUGCUAUUCAGUCUCUCGCAGUUUCUUCUGAUGGAGAAUUCCUCGUCUCAGCUUCAAGCGAUGGAACCGCUCGAGUCUUUGAGAUUGCAGAGUUUCGAUAAAUUCUCUGUUUUUUCAAUAUACGUGUUCUUUUUCACAUAUUUAAGACUUGCUUUUAUUAUUUAUUUAAUUCAGGGAAAAAAAUGGAAUUUGGAGUGUAAAUUUUGUGUUUUGAGCUUACCAUUAUUUUGCAUGUAACUUCUACUAUUUUUUGUUUUAGGAUUUGACAUUAUCCAGUUUAUUUGAAUUUUUUGCUUGUUCUAUUUACUAUAUAGAUUUGUUA